UAAAAUAAAAUAGAAAAAACGGCAAAAUAAAUAAAGCAAAUAAAGCAUCGAUAUUGGCAGCAGAGACAUAUAAAAUUAAACGCUAAGAAAUCAGCGACGGGAAAUAAAGGGGAACACAAGACCUCUCACCCGCCACCCGAGAAACGACAACGACGGCAGCAGCAGCAGCAACGACAGCAGCAACAACAACGACAACUGUAGCGGCGACAGAGACGACUGCAACGGCGGCAGAGACAACAGCGGCGACAGAGACAACUGCAGCGCCGGCAGAGACAACUGCAGCGACGGCAGAGACGACUGCAGCAGAAAAGGCGGCAGAGAAGGCAGCGCGUGCAGAACCAACAAAUAAAAAAUCUCGACGGCGGAGUAACCAUAAGAAAUUUCGUAUGUAAAAAGAUAACGGUCUACCCGGUCCAGCACAACAAAAAAAUACUGGACUUUGAAAAAGGAAACCUAGUCGCUGAGUGCCCAGGGCGAAAUCUCAACAUCGGAUACUGCAAGACGACGGUUGGCGCCACCUUCUGCAGGGAGCUGCAAAAUGGUACUUGUGCCCAGCAACUAGUUUCCGGAGCCACUGCGCACUGCUCCACGCUUCCAGGGCAUCUGGAUCCAGUUACGGUAGUAGAUCACGGCACCCUCAUAGUGAACGAGGCCAACAUGACCAUAACCGACGACCAAGGACGGGACCAAAAAAUAUCUGGGACCUACCUGGUAACCUAUUCCGACAGAAUAAGUCUCAACGGAACUUGGUUCAUAAAUCAGCUGGGAAACUCGAUGAAAAAACCCGCCGUAUCGGCCAUGGCCGUUGUCAACGUCACGGCACACCAAAACCGGCUAAGUCUCCCAUUUCUCCACGAGCUGAGCCUGAGAAACCUUCACCACAUCGGGACCCUUAGAGAAGAGCUUUCCUUGGGCUCCCUCCUCAGCUACUCCAUCACCCUACUCGCCUCCUUCGUACUGUGUUCCACUGUUUGGCUCGGCUACCACCAUCUGAAGACCAGGAGCCCCGUCAAAUCAGGGGCUAAUGGUGACGUAGAAGCAGCAGGUCACCGGGACGGCGACCACUUAAAAGAGGGAGAAGUUAACACACCCAGUUCCCACAAAGACAAAUUGUCGAGUUGCAGGCCAUAUCCGGUGGCCAACACGCGCAGUAAGGAAACCGCCGACUCCGCACUCCGAGGGCAGUUGCCCGGAGCCCGGUCAGAGCACUCGCGGAGCGAGUGA